UGAGAUGAGUAAUGAGAUGAGUAAUGCACCAGUCACCAUUUUUUUUUGUCACUUUACAGAGGUCAUUGAACGAUGCCAGACUGUAUCAAUUCUCAAUGGAAUAUUCUGUGGUUUCUACUCAUCCUGACAGAUACCUGGGCUGAAGACGCUCAAAUUGACCAGUAUGGGUUGAAGGGAGGUUCAGUGUGUUUGACUGUAGCAGAACAACCUGAGGAACUUAAAGGACUUAGAUGGAAGGUCAAUAGUACUGUAAUAGUUGAUGAUAAAGAGAUCUCUCCUAAAUACAAGGAAAAGGUGGAUUAUAAUCCAGUGAACCACACUCUGUGCAUUAAGAAUCUGACAGACACAGACAGUGGAAUUUACAUUGCAAAUGCAAAGAAAAUAGAUUGGACAGAUUCAACGUCUUCAUACAGACUUAAGGUGUUGGAAGCGGUUCCCAUUCCAGCCAUGCAGGUGACAUACUACAACUCAAGUACAGGACUUUGUAACAUCACAGUGAAUUGUUCAGGCUGGAUGUUUUCUGUCUGUGAUGGAGGUCAGUGCCCACUGUACCAGGAUUCUCUGUCAGUCUCUGAGGUCAACAUCACUGUUUCCAGUGGUAAUGGAUUCAUCCAGUGUAUCGUCAACAAUCAUGUCAGCGCAGAGACCGAAUCCCAACGCCUGAAGGACACAUGUAUUGUUGAGAAGAAGGGGAGAGCUGCAGCAUCACCAGUUGGCAUCAUUGUGGGUGGUGUUAGUGGUGGAUUGUUUUUCAUUGUGUUAGUUGGUGUAGGAUGGAUCAUGUCAACCAGGAGAUGGUGUAAAUAGGAUCUGACAAUGCAGUAUGUCUCUCCUAACAUGUCAACCCAGUGAGCGCUCAACCAGGGGAGAGGCUGGAACCACAGAACACAGGGUUUCCUGAGGUAACAUCAAUCUACACCACUGCAAGUCAACCAGGAGCAGCAGUACCAGCAGCAGCACCAGGAGGAGAAGACGGCCAACCAGGGGACAAGUACACCACCAGAAGAGAGGAAAUAACUACAGUUCCCCCAACAGGCAUUUUACAGCACUGUGCAGCAACCAGCGGUACAAGAUCGCCAUCAAGUGGACAAAGUGUGCUUCUGAGGCAGCGCCUAUAUCAGUCUUCGACAGCAACCGUACGAAACCAGCUGCAGCACAGCACCACCCAAAGUGUGGAAUAACUUCAACAAACCAGACAGUGAACUGCACAAUGGGAGAUACAUCCGUCUCAGAAACCCUCUGAUGUUACAUGUCUGUAGCUAGGCUCCCAUUAAUUUGUCCAGUGACCUUUUGUCAACAUUUAACAAGUGUUCAUAGAAAAUAGAUGUGACAAUAGCGGAGGUCCAUAAAGAUGGCGGCCUCCAUGCACUUAACCACACAUUCUUUGUUUUGCUAAAUUCAGAGUAUUUAACAUUUCUCUCUGUUAAUAUUUUGCUGUAUGUUCAUUAGCACAGCAUACAUGAUCCCAAUUUGAAAAAGUAGAUUGUGCUGAUUUAUUGGCACAUUAAAUCAUGUAAUUUAAAGACUCAGUGGAUAUUUCUAAAACAAUGAUGUCAUAUCUGAAUUCUGCCAUCUUUAUGCAUUUCCAUUGCACUGACUUGAGAAAAAAAUAUAAAAAAAAUUAAUUAUUGAAAUACAAUUUCAGUUUAGUUCCUGAAUUGGACUCACUCACUCACUCACUCACUCACUCACUCACUCACUCACUCACUCACUCACUCAAUUAAUCAAUCAAUGAAUUCACCAUUCCAGCAACCAUCCAACCAAUCAGUCAUCUGAGUAUAUUAUUAUUUUUCUAUAAUAUGUACUGUAUGUCUAAUUAUGAAUACUAAUUUCACUAGAAAGUUAUCCAUCUAUCCAUUUCAGUAUGUUCUGCAACAUCCAGCUGGUUGUGUGGAUGAACUACAAAAGUAAGACAAUCAAUUACAGCUAAAAGCAGAAGGAUCUGGGAAUAAUGUCAGCAAACCAGACACAGUGUACUGCACAACAGGAGAUAAACUACCCCUCCAACCCUCUCAGAGACUCACUGCUGUUACAUUGACUAAGACUUGACAUAGACUCAAACACCGAACCGCAAACACAUGGAGAAUAAAAUGUAUACAUCUUUUUACUUCAUGUCUAAUUACAUCUAGCAUUGUACAUACUUUACAUAUAAAUGUAUACAGUGGAAUUUACAAAUUGAAUCCAAUUGCUAUAACCCAUCUCCAACUACAUAGUUACAUUUUCCUGAAUAGAAGGUUGAGAUGACAGUGUAAAUCAACAAUAGCAAUACAAGAGCCUUGGUCAGGGAGGUGCCCAAGAACCCGAUGGUCACUCUGACAGAGCUCCAAAGUUCCUCUGUUUGAGUUGGGAGAACCUUCCAGAAGGUCAACCAUCUCUGCAGCACUCUACCA